AUGGCUAGACUUAAAAACCAUUACGCUCCCACCCCCUCUGUCAUCGCACGCCGUUUUGCUUUCCGCCGGCGGGUCGAGAAACAAAAUGAGUCGAUAAGCCAAUUUUUGGAAGCUUUGCGGAUGGUGGCCGCGCAGUGUGAAUUUUCAAAUCUGGAGGAGAACUUAGUGGAACAGUUCGUCUGCGGGGUCCGCGAUGUCAACCUGCGGAGCCGCAUGUUCCGGAACCACCGCAUCACCCUGCUUCAGGCCGUGGAGACUGCCAGGGCAGCAGAACUGUCAGAGCAGUCCACGGCCGAUAUUGAGCGGUUGCAGCUAUCUGCGCCUGAGCGGCCACCUCCAGAAGCGUCAACUCAAGCCCACAUGGUUGAGGACGACCUGCCGUUUGAUGACCCAGAGGAAGAUUUGGGGAAACUGCCCAUUCUAAUUGUCAGGGACGACCUGCCGGCCCUUUUGGGCCUGGAUUGGUUCCCAGCCCUGGGAUUGUCUAUAGGAGGGGUCCACCGGGUUGUCCCCUCUUCCAUCGAAGACAUAUUAAGAGACUUUGCCGACGUCUUCGAUGGCCAGUUGGGUUGUUACAAGGGCACCCCCAUCUCUUUAAGUUUAGACCCUCAGGUUGCUCCCAUUAGGCUGAAAGCCCGUAGGGUGCCUUUUGCCUUAAGGGCCAAGGUUGACGCCGAACUGGAUAAGUUGUUGGCGCAGGGAGUCAUCGAGCCCGUUGAUCAUUCUCCUUGGGAGACACCCAUUGUCCUCCCAAUCAAACCAGACGGGUCGGUGAGGAUCUGCGCCGACUACAAGUCGACGAUCAACUUGGCCCUUCAGGCAAACCCCUAUCCAGUCCCUGUAGUGCAACACCUGCUCCACUCCCUGGGGCAGGGUUGCACAUUCGCCAAACUGGAUAUGGCGCAGGCCUAUCAACAGCUCCCGGUGGAUGACGAUGCGGCGGCUGCCCAAACCAUCGUCACCCAUCGUGGGGCUUUCCGUUGUCGCCGCCUUCAAUUCGGCGUUUCCGUGGCCCCGGGGAUCUUCCAAAGCCUCAUGGAGCGGCUGCUCCAUGGGCUACCGGGCGUCGUUCCAUAUUUUGAUGAUGUUCUGAUCGCUGCUACCAGCCGCUCAGAACUCAUCGAAGUACUCCGGAAGGUCCUCAGUCACCACAAGCCACUCCUUGGGCUUCUGGCAGGCGACAAGCCGACCCCCCCCAUCCUCUCCCCCCGCAUGACGAGAUGGACGGAGUUCCUCGUAGCGUACUCGUACACGCUGCAGUACCGUCCGGGCAAGCAGCUGGGGCACGCUGAUGCCCUAAGCCGCUGCCCACUGCCGGAGACCGAUACCGCCCAGGUGCCCAGUCUCUCCAUCCUUUCCAUCGCGUCUUCCGGCUUCCCCAUUUCUGCCACGGAUGUUGCAGCCUGCACUAAGGCCGAUCCGAUCCUCUCCCAGGUUGCUUCCUGGGUCUUGAGGGGAUGGCCCACUGAGAAGGUGGCAGAGGGCUUUCGGCCCUUUAAAACUCGACAAGCGGAGCUCUCCCUCCACGGGGGGUGCAUCGUUUGGGGGGAUCGAGUAGUGAUCCCUACAGCUCUUCGGCCACAAGUACUAUCCCUGCUCCAUAAGGAUCACCCGGGCAUAGCGCGAAUGAAGGCAUUAGCCCGUAGCUAUGUCUGGUGGCCCUUGUUGGAUUCAGAGAUAGCGGCCUAUGUAGGCCGCUGCACCCCGUGUCAACAGUCAAGGCCAAAUCCCCCCGCCGGGCCUGCUCGCGAGUGGGAGGCUCCGAGAGGCCCAUGGUCACGCCUCCACCUGGAUUUCGCUGGUCCCUUCCACGGCCAGAAUUUCUUGAUAGUGGUGGACGCCUACUCCCGCUGCGUGGAGCUGGUCCUGAUGGGCUCCACCACAGCUGAGAGUACGGUCCGGGCCUUGAGAAGGCUAUUCGCAACACAUGGGUUGCCGGACCUCGUAGUUUCGGACAAUGGGCCUCAAUUCAUGUCCACCACGUUUCAGGAAUUUCUGGCCGAGCAAGGGAUCCGGCAUGCGCCCAUAGCCCCGUACCACCCGGCCAGCAAUGGCCGGGCGGAGCGGGCGGUCCGCUCAGCGAAGGAGGCCCUGGGCCGCAUGCGGCGUCUGCGGACUCCCCUGGACCGGCUA